AUGGCAUCUUCCUUUUAUCAAGUGUUCUUAGUUGUGAGCCUCUGUGCUCCAAUCUGUUGUGUGUCCUCAUCCAGUGCCCCCAGCCCAUCCUCCACAAAGAGCACCCCUGCCUCCCAGGUGUCCUCCAGCAAUGCCAACUUUGCCUUCCGCCUGUACCAGAGGCUGGUUUCAAAGACCCCAAGUCAGAACAUCUUCUUCUCCCCCGUGAGUGUCUCUGCUUCCCUGGCCAUGCUCUCCCUCGGGGCCCGCUCAGCCACCAAGACCCAGAUCCUUCAGAGCAUGGGGUUCAACUUCACACACACGCCAGAGCCCGCCAUUCAGCAGGGCUUCCAACAUCUGGUCCACUCCCUCAAUGUCCCCAGCAAAGACCUGGACUUGAGGAUGGGGAGCGUCCUCUUCAUCAAAAAGGAGCUGCAGCUGCAGACACAUUUCCUAGACAACGUCAAGAGGCUGUAUGAGUCGGAAGUCUUUUCUACAGACUUCUCUAACACCUCUUCUGCCCGGGAGAGGAUCAACAGCUAUGUGGAGAAGGAGACCAAAGGGAAGAUUGUGGACUUAAUUCAAGACCUUGAACCUCAGACAGCCAUGGUCCUGGUGAACUACAUUUUCUUUAAAGCCAAGUGGGAGAAGCCCUUUAACCCGAGGUACACAAGUAAAAGAUACCCAUUCUUGGUGGGCAAGACCACCGUGAAGGUCCCAAUGAUGCACCAGGUGGAGCAGUUUGCAUUUGCGGUGGACCCGGAGCUGAACUGCUCUGUGCUGCAGAUGGACUACAGUGGGGACACCGCGGCCCUCUUUGUCCUCCCCGGCCAGGGCAAGAUGAGGCAGCUGGAACAGGCCUUGUCAUCCAGGACACUGAGGAAGUGGAGCCACUCACUCCAGAAGAGGUGGUUAGAGGUGUUCCUUCCAAAAUUUUCCACUUCUACCUCCUACGCCCUGGAAACCAUCCUCCCGAAGAUGGGCAUCAGGGAUGCCUUUGACAGAAAGGCGGAUUUUUCUGGAAUCACAAAGACAGACUUCCUGCAGGUUUCCAAAGCCGCCCACAAGGCCGUGCUGGACAUCAGCGAGGACGGUACCACAGCCGCAGCAGCCACCGCCACCAAGCUCACGAUCCGGUCGAAGGACAGCCCCUCUCCUGCCAUCUGCUUCAACAGGUCCUUCCUGCUGCUGAUCAUCAACAAAGCCACAGAGACCAUACUCUUCCUAGGCAAGGUUGAAGAUCCCACCAAAUUCUAG